UCACCUCAACAGUGGAUCACAAAUUAGUGAAACAGUUUCAUUUGCGACCUUCCCUGGCGCAACGCUGGUUUCACUUUAUUUCCAUUUUCGUUCGAGUCAAUAACAAAUAACCAUAUCACCGCCUCGAUACGUCGGACGGUGCACAGAACGACCUUCGAGUGAAAAGAGAGUUGCUCGGUCGGUCGAUGUACACACCUGUGGUGGAAUGAAGGGAAAAGUCGAAGGAAGUUGAAGUGUUCGUGAAUUUGGAAAUUUGCAUCCCGGAAGGUGGCUGCAGGACAGACACGGCAAUACGGCGAAGGAAUCCUUGCGUGCCGUCUUUCGUAGAAUGUACCCAAUGCUGCAUUUCCCUCGAUAGACACGUAGCUUGCUGAACGAUCUGCUACUGUGCCGGGGUCCCUGGCAACGCAUUUUGAAACGGGGAAAUGUUGCCGUUCCUGGACGAUACUGACGAGUUUCUAAACUAUUGGAUUCUAAGAGCCCUCGCGCUGAUCGUUAUCUAUUUAGCGUGGCGUUCGACCUACGUUCGGGAAGAUCGUACCACCGCACCAGGUGCUGUGCUCGUGAUAGAGAACAAUUUGCGACGCAUUAAUGCAAUUCAGCAUAGCGUUACCACUAUUAUACUACGCAGCUCAUCGCAGCAGUCCAAUAUUUCGAACGUUACCGAAACGGAGGAGCUUGAUUUGGAAAACGACAGUAUAGCGUCCUCGAUCGAUAACAUAACGCAAUCAAUACUAACGGAAGCGUCUGAAUCGGCCACAGGGUUGGAUUUAAGCGAUACUGAGGGGUACACAGGUGUAGUAGGGUCUCCUAUCGUUGACUCUUUCCACGAUCCCGGACCGGAGGAAAUAAUCCGCCAGAUGGAUGCGACCGACGCUGAAACCCCAGCGGCGUCAGAAGCGGUAGCGUCAUCAUCUUCUAGUUCAUGCGAGGUGCGACAGAGAAAGAGUGCAACCAAUGUCACCGCGGAUGGUGCAGGCGAAAAGUCCUCGGAUCCUGCCAAUACGAGGGACACCGGUAGUCCAACCAGCUCGGGUGACGGUACACCGGUCAUGCCAGCCGUUACGGCAAAGCCCAUUAGAAUUAAAUUAAAGUAUCUUAACGAUGACUCCAAGUUGGUGGAGGGCAACCUAAACGAAGGUAUUGGAGAAUUCAAAAAACGAAACUUCACUCUUGAACUGAACGCCCACAAGCUUGUCCGGUUGGUAUUUAACGGACACGUGCUGCAACCGGAUAGCAAAACGUUGGCCGCAUGUGGUUUGUUUGACAACUGUGUCGUCCACUGUUUGAUACACAACCAGAAGUCCUCGUUAAAUGGUGCCACCGAUCGGCCGAUGGAGGGAACGAUGGGGGCCGAAAAUCGCACCCAACCGAGCAGUCCAAGCAGCGGAGGGUUGGAAGAUGGCGACGGUUUAGAUUCCGACGAAGGAUUCGAUGGACGUGAUGGUAAUGGGCAUCCCGAUAGUACCGGCAACGCUGGUACGCGUUAUGGGACAUAUUUCAUCUAUAUCGGAACACUGGCCGUGACGGCGGUGAUUUUGUACGGCUGGUACUGUCGCUUUCACUACGGCCAUCUUUUUAAUCUGAACUCUACGAUUGGGCUGAUUGUAACGACCACCACGUUUUUGAUUAUGAUGCCGACGAUCAUUCUCGCUGAUAGUAAUACACCAAAUUGAUCAACUUGUAACAACAUUUUGAAAAAGAAAACAAAAAAAAACACUACGCACGACGUGGCUUCGAUAAGAUUUUUAUCUUACGCAAACAAGAUCUGCAAACGGACACUUCCUGGCUAGGUUGCGAUCCUGUUCGUCAUUGUAUCCCUGCUGAGCCCCUUUCCUUAAGACGGAGAUUUAUCUCCAUGUUUUUUUUUUCUUCUUUUUUCUAUCAUCUAGUAUUUCUACGUGAUCCUUGUUAUGUACAUAAUGUGAUCCAAUAAAAGGUAAACGGACGAAAUCAAAAUUAA